AUGGCUCAAUUUGACCCUAACCUGCACCUCCGUUCGCUUGAGGAGCUGGAAGCUGGUGCGUCACCAGACAUCACCGUCGCCCCCUAUCGAACCUCAUUUGCUGACAUGACCUCCAUAGUCAUCCUGCCCAGACAGAACGGCUGCCUCAAGUGUGAGGACAAGGCACCGACAUGCCCUACCAACUGCAAGUCCGACGAGUUCUGCUCCUUCACCAUCCCGACAUGUAGCACCUGUGCCCAGGCCAUCUGCGCCAAGGACGACAGCAAAUCAUCAUCCUCAUCAAGCAGCAAGCCCAACACGGGUGCAAUCGUUGGCGGUGUCAUCGGCGGUCUCGUCGUCAUCGCAAUCGCCACAUAUCUUGUCUGGAGGUUCUUCAUCAAGACCAAGAGACAGUCAAUUAUCCAGGAGUCCUAUGCCGAGACGACCCACGAGAAGACGAUCAACGAGAAGAGCACUGGCGAGCCACGACAAACCAACCGCGACUCAACACACACCGUUCACUCUAUUGCAUCAACAGUACUCACCCGCGCUUCCAAUAUUAUCCAGAUUGCCUAUAUCCCAGGCGUCACAAACCGAGCCACUCCUACGUCACCCACUCUGCUCGUCCCUCCUGUUCCCCCUAUCCCGAUGCAUGCCUCCAACUCCGCUGCAAGCAGCCCGUCGCCGUACGAAGAGCAACACUUCUUUGUCCCUGGCGAAUUGCGCGACUCCACCUACUCCGGCAUCUCUGGCUACUCUGACCGCACGUCUGUCGCGAGAACCUCGUAUGCUCCUCGAUCUAGCAUCGCCCCUAGUAUCGCUUCCACCAUCUACGGCAAGAAUGCGGUUGUUGUAGCCCCCGCUCAGACUGGUAUGCGAGCCAAGGCCGCUGUGGUCAGUGUCAAAUCUAUGGGUGUCGGCACCAACGGCAGCAGCACUCCUCCCGUCCCCAGUGUCGAUUACGAAAAAUACGCUCCUGGCCGUCCCAAGAGCCGUGACAGCACAUUCAGUGUCGGAUCUACCUUCCUGAACAAUGCCAACACCGCCACCGCCGCCCCCGUCCAGAGAGUGCAGGUUGUCCGUGUAGGCAACGGCAACGGCCCCAAGCAAGUCAGCGUUGGAUCCAAGGCAUCAUCAACAUCAGAAGAGAUCUCGGCACCAGGCACACCUCUGCCACCCAGCACCACCGCGGCCGCCCGCGAAUCGGCUGCCGUGACAGUCAUCGAUGAAAGUCUGUCAGUCGAUCAGGGCCCCUUCUCCGACCCUCCUGAGCCAUCCCCAGCUGCUGUUCGUAGCAACCACAGUCUCAGUGCCGUGAUUGAGGAGGCAACAAGGCGAGCCGCCGCCGGCCCCGACAGACGGUCUCAAAGGACAAGUUCUUACGAGAGGGGACGUAGUCCCUUCGGCGAUGAACACGCCACGAAAGAUUAA